AUUGACUCUUCAAGACUAUUGCUUGCCAGAGAUCCUUGACAAAGAUGCGCUGGAUGUCGUUUCUGCUCCUAGGGAUCCCCAUCACGAUGCUGAUGGCCGAACGCACCCCAUAUGUGUGCGAUGGCAAGGACGACCGGGUCUGUGACGAGUAUCGCUGCAUGUGCCGGAGAAAGACGUCGACAGAACCGUAUCCUAGAACAGAGUAUGAAUUUUAAAACAGAAAUAAUUAAAGGACUUGUCGCUCG